UUUGGCUCAUGCAGUUAACCUUAAUCAAUUCCACAGAAGCCUUGGUUAAAUCAGUUAAAUAUGAGUGAAGUGGUCGUUGUUGUUAGUUAAUUGCUACUAGCAACCACUGAGCUGUAAUAAGAACUAGCAACUCUAGAUUUAAGAGAGAAGAAAAAGCAACAACCAGGGAGGAGCUAAACGUAUUCUGCUGCUAAGCAACUACAUCAAACUGUGGAACGGUAGAAACCGACAUCGUUAAAACAGCGUCAUUGAUUGGUCAAUGAUCGCUCUCGGCUCAAUCAGCGCCAAGUUUGUUCAACUUGGAACUUUGUGUUUGGUUUUUCUCUAUUCGGUUUGAAAAUAUGUCGACCAAGAGCAGUAUCGGCAACACGGAGUACAUGAAAAGGAGAAUACCUCAGAACCCCAAAUAUCAACAUGUGAGGACAAGGCUAGACACAGGAUGCAGCCUGACGAAGUAUGUGGAGAGGCUGGAGGAGAUAAAGAAAAAUUACAGGUACAGAAAGGAUGAACUCUUCAAAAGGCUUAAAGUUACAACAUUUGCACAGUUGGUAAUUCAGGUAGCAUCGGUUUCAGACCUGAAUGAAAGUGUGAGUGAUGGCGAAACACCAAGGCUGGAAGCUGACAUGGAGCGUCUGUCUGAGCAGACCAACGGUUCCCCCCUGCCUACGCCCACACCCGCUCAGUUCUUCGACAACAACAAUGACGCAGGGGACGCUGGCUACUCCCCCAGGUCGACACUUCAAAGUGUAAUAAGCGGGGUGGGAGAGCUGGAUCUGGAUAAGAACGGUCAGAAUACAGUGACUCUGACAACUGUGUCCAGCCCUCGGCUUCCAGAUGGACCCUACCCAGACUGCCCCUACCUGCUGCUGGACGUCAGGGACAGAGAGCAGUACGACCAGUGUCACAUCAUCAGCGCAUACAGUUACCCCAUCGCAACCCUCUCAAGAACAAUGAAUCCCUACACCAAGGAGGUGCUGGAUUAUAAAAAUGUUUCUGGUAAGAUCAUCAUAGUAUAUGAUGAGGAUGAGAGGAUAGCUGCCCAGGCAGCCACUGCCAUGUGUGAGCGGGGCUUCCAGAACCUCUUCAUGCUAUCUGGAGGCCUGAAGGUGAUUGCGCAGAAGUUUCCAGAGGGGAUGACAACAGGCACCAUCCCGGCGUCGUGCCUCCCAUCUCCCAAGGCGACAUCGGGCAGGAAGUGCUACACCCACAGACAGGUUUUCAUGCCAGCCGAUAGGAAGUGGAGGUUCACCUCAGACGACAUGGCCAACAUCCAGGCACACUUGGAGGAGAUGCUCGUUCCCUCGGACACCAACAGCCGGUUCAGCAGCCGCAUGUCCACCAGCAGUGCCCAGUCCAAAGCGUCCAGCGCUCGGAGUCUACGCACUUCCUCUCUAGCCGGCUCUGAAACCGCCAGAUCCCAGAGCAGCCGACCGUGGAAAUAACCCAUAACCCAAAUAAAGUCUUAUUUCACUACCACCGCCCAUGUGCCCCUCUGUGAAAGGGGAAACGCCCCCUCCCCCUCCCCAGGGAUACCCAACUGUAGUCCUCAAGGGCCCAAAUCUGCUUUAUUAUGGGAAUUGGUGUGUUGAUUUUGAAUUUGUUGCACAAUGAAUAUAAAAGAAUGUCAUCAGUGAUCGUAAGAUGAUAAUUUAUGGAUUUGCCUUGUACUCAAUUAUCGUUAACUCACAGAUGUUGCUUUCCUAAAAUGACUAGUGUUCAGUUCGCGCUCUGUCUCUGUCUCUGUGUGUGUGAUGCCUGUCAUUGAUAAAAACCAGUCAGCCGUUGAUCGUGUCCAUCUCCAUCAACCCUCAUUAACUUAAGGUAAUUUCACAUGGUAGCAGGGUACUAAAAUGAUAUCCCAUAUGCUUUGUUGUACAUUAUGCAUAACCAGAAGUGACGAUUGUUGUUCGAGGGCAUUCUCUAUUUUAAGAGGUGAACUGUAAUAUUUUUCAUGUGAUAUUUUCUCGAAGGGGAACUUCCUCCUGGAAUAUUGUGAUAAAAAUUGAAGUGAGAGGCUCAGAAGCUCUACAUGUUUGUGUCUGUUCUCAUAAGAUUUGGUGAUGUCAUGCAGCCUAUGAUGAAACAUCAUCAUGGUGUAGUAGGGCAUUAUGGGAUGGUAGUCAUGGUUACCCCGAGGAGAGCAUCUUGAUACGUCUGAUAAAUGUGAAACAGUAUUUGUGCUUUGAGGUUGUGAACUUUGUUGUAUUUUCUUUGUCAGCGAUUGUUGAGGUGAAUAUAAAUUGCAGGGUCUUGUGCAUUUACUGUAAAACGUGGUCUUUUGAGGAGUACAAUACCUUUGAGUCUGACGUCUGGCCUGUUUGUGUAUAUCAGAUGCAAGACACCUUCGUUGACAAUGAACACAUUAACUGUCAGUCAUAACGCUCCAUCCAUUAAACUGGUUGAUCUCAGUUUAGUUUUUAUAUAUUAAAUAAAACGCACAAUGUAUA